GUCGAAUAAGAGGACUGAGAUCACAGAGAAUCUUUAUAUGGAGGCAGAGAUGAAAUAUUCAAUGGAAGUCUCUCCAUUCACACCCCACCAGUCACCUUUUUCUUUUCUUUUCUUUUCUUUUCUUUUUUUUUUUUUUUUUUUAAUCGGAGCGAAAAAUGAAAUUCUGCGUAGCUCUUUUAGAGGAUGUGUGAUGCAGUCCACGUCACAACACCCAUCUUCGCCCACAACUGCAUGCAGAAUAAUCGCAACUUCACCAGUAAGCGAGGGGAGUGUGCUACUUAAUGCUUGAAGUCGAUGUAUGCAGGUCUCAGCCAACCACUUGAAAGCAUUGCUGCUGAGGCCAAACCCCGAUAUUGGGCUGAAGUGCCCGAAACUUCGGGCCGAAGUGCUCGAAACUUCUGUCAAUUAGCUACAUUGUACC